AUGGCACUAUGUUAAGAUAAAAUCAUUUCAGUUAUGACCUGGGAAGCCAGAUUUCAUCACAGGUCACCGGAAAGCAAGAGGGCAGUGAUCUUUUUGUUGUACUAGCAACACAUCAUUUGAACGACAUUGUAGUUAUGUGCAAGUACAAAUGUAUUUAUUAAGUAACUGCUAUGUAUAUACACAGUAAUUAGAGAAGCUUAAUAGAAAGCUAAAUAAAUAAAUAACAAAAAAAAACAUUUCUUUAAAGCAUACAUUGCAUGCAGUGUGUGAAAGGAAGCUAAAAGAGUGAUUACCACACAGUGCUCGGCUUGUGGUGUGAAGCAAAGAAGGCGUGUUUUCCCUUUGGGUAAAGCCUCUGUUUGAUCUGUAGAAGUGGUGUUGGCUCAAUAGAUCUUUCUCAUAGUGGAUGACAAGACUUUAGCAAGCAUAUUUAAGCACCACUUCAAAAUAUGGGAAAGUUCUGAUACUGGAUAUUCAUGUUUGCAUGUAUAGCUUUUUUCUUGUUGAACUGAUUUUUGUGACAAGCCAAAGAAUGGAGCUCAGCAACAUCACAACAAGCACCAAACCUUUGCCUCAAAACACAGACGACUCAGUGGACACUGACCACGUAAUGGAGAUGGUAUUGAUAGUUUUAUACAGCAUCACUAUUAUUCUGGGAGUAACCGGAAACAGCAUAGUGAUCUGGAUGACCGGCUGCAAACUGAAGAAGACUGUGACCAACGUCUGGCUCCUCAACCUGGCUGUGGCCGACCUGAUCUUCUGCUUCACCCGAGUCACCUCUUUGCUCAAGCUCAUUUUCUACACCUACUGGCCCUUUGGAGAGUUCCUCUGCAAGUUCAACGGCUUCUUCACGUACAUGAACUUGUUCUGUAGCGUCUUCCUUCUGUCCGUCAUCAGCCUUGACCGCUGCAUUUCUGUGGUCUUCCCCAUCCGGAUGAUGCAGCGGCGCACUGUCCAGAUGGCUUCCUUUGCCAGCGUAGGAGUUUGGGCGCUGGCCACUGCCUUUAGCCUGCCGUACUUCCUAUUCCGACGGGUCUCUAUGGAUCCAGGAAAUGGGAAUCUCUCCAAGUGCUCCUUCGAUGUUCCUGGAAGCAACGAUGGAUAUCAGAAUAAGGCCCUCUACAUCGUGAGGUUCCUUUUUGGUUUCUUGGUCCCCUUUUUAAUCAUUGCCACUUGUUACACCAUCAUGGCUUGCAAGUUGAGGCGGACACGAGUGCCCAAAAAGUCCUUCAAGAUCAUUGCUGCAUUGGUUGCUGCCUUUUUCUUCUGUUGGGCGCCCUACCAUGUCUUUUUGCUGGCCAAGAUGGUCAAUAAGAAAUCUUUGGCGGUGAAGGUUGCUCUUCCUUUGUUCAAAGGACUGGCCUACUUCAAUAGCUGCAUCAACCCCAUCCUUUAUUUCUUCAUGGCCCUGGAUUUGAAGAAGAGGUUCAAUCAAACACUGUCUUCGGUGUGCAUGAGUGUUUUCAGUGAGGAAUUGGAUAAUUUCAACCAUUAUCGGUCAACAAGGAGAGACAAAUGCACUAUGGCAAACACAGUGCAGGUUGCUGCAUUGUAAAAAUACUCAAAACUCAAAACAUUAGCAGCAUCUGUCUGGACAAUUUAGUUAAGAUACUGUCAAUACUGUGACAUUUUUAGUGCUCAUACAUUUUUUAAAAUGUUUUUACAUAUCUAAGAAGGUCGUUAUAUAUUAAGGAAAGUUUAUGUAAAACGUUCGUCUACCUUAGACUGCAUGACUGAGAGUUUUUGAAAUGUACGUUAUUAUAUAUUAUCUAUAUUAUUGUAUAUAGAUAUAGUUAGUGCUUUUUUUACCAUUACAACCAUAAUGUGGAUUAUGUUUAAAUACAUCAGGAGAAGCAUUGAAUUUUAAUAUACUUCCAUAUUUAUACACUGUCCACAGACCUGCAGUUCUCCUUAGCUGCAGUAAAGACGUGUAAUUAGUCAUGCUAAAAUGCUUUGUGAUGGUGCUCCACUAUGAAAGGUGCUAUAUAAAAUAAAGAUUGAUUGAUAUAA